CCCUCCACUACGGACGUGAACACGAUCUCGGAUCCAAACGAAUAAAAACGUAAAUGAUUUUCGAGAUUUUUGUUUCAUAAAAAAUAUUAAAUACUUUAAUAUAAAUAAUUUAUUCCGUGUUUCGAAGUUUUAUUACGUGAUUCAUUUUUAUUGUACUAUUAGUGACUUUAUUGAUUGGUAAUCACCAAUUUCUAAUUGGAGUUGUGGUGUUAUGUGUAAUGAAGAAUUCAACGAGUCUGAAUAAGGUAGUAAGAUUGGAUCUAAUGCUAUGAGCCAAUAAAUAUGCUACAUAGAACUUCAUCUUCAAGACGACGUAGGGCGUCAAGAAGUGCCGCCACAUCGCCGCAGACAAGAUCACCAAGAAACUCAGCUCUACCCUCCAGACGUGCUUCACUAGCUACAGCAGAAACUGACGAGGAAAUGGAACCAACUCCUCAAAGAAGUCCAAGAGCUAGUCUCGCACCAGACGCAAUCAUGGACUACCACAGAAGCCCGCGUCAUUCUUUAACACCCGAAGUCAGAUCAGCGCGGAAUUCCAUAACGCCUGACACAGCAAUGCCGAUGAGAAACAGUCUCGCGCCGUCCAGAAACAAUUUAGGUGUUGAUCUUAAUUACGGCUCGAGGUUGAGUCUGAACCCUCAAGAUUUCAAUAGGAGCCCUAGAAAUAGUAUCACUCCUGACGUGUCAGCUAGAAGCCCGCGAAGAAGCUUGGUGCCUGAAGGUACAUUAUGGAACCAGCCCAGGAAUUCGCUGGUGCCCGAUGUGGGAAGAAGUCCAAGGCAUUCCGUGGCCAGCAUCCAGUUAGAUCCAGCACGCGCUCAAAAGGAUUUAGGCCCUAGUCCACGAACGAGCCCUCGUGGAAGUGUCGGCCCUGACUUAAAUAUGAAAAAAGAAGAAAUAAACAGAACUCACAGAGGAUCUUUGAUUCCGGACUCGCAGAGGAGUCCGAGAGGUAGUAUUGCUCCCUCUGAAAGAAGUGCUAGAGGUAGUCUUGUGGCAAUUGAAAAUGAAGCUGCAAGAGUUAGUCCCAGAGGUAGUCUUACAUUGACAUUUCAAGAGCCUUUGGUAUCGAAAGAAAGAAGACCCAGCGAAGACAGCCAGGCUGCAGGUAAGGGAAGAAGCGUGUCUCCGUACAGAGCGUCAUUCGGCGGACGACAGAGCGGCACUGGAGCUCUGUCAGAUACUGGGUCUCGAAGGGCAUCCAGCUCUGUUAGCCAGGUCUCAGGAGAUGAGCAACGAAGGUUAUGCGGAGAGCAGGCAAAAUACAACGAGAGAGUUGGACUGGGUCUUGGCGUGGGGCUCACGACGUAUGGAUCUGUGGCUUAUCAGCUAAAAGAUGCCAACAUGGAAGCUUCUGGCACCAUGGACUUCGUCUGUCGGGCCGCCAAGAUUAUGAAUAGAACUAUUCUGAUGACAGUGUUUCUAGCUUGCUUAUCUACUUUGCCCGUCAUCAUGCUUAUCAUGGGAGUACAAUACAUCAGGGACUGCCCAGCCGAGCCUCGUAUUCCAGUGUACAUGGUCGUGGGGGGCGCUGCAGGUGGAGCGGGUAUCUGCUGGCUUCUGUGGGCUCAGCUGGCCAGCAGGAACUCCAACUCAUCGGCGAGCGUACCAGAGACUAUCCUCGCGUACACUCUCACCGUUUUCUUGAUGGGCUGGUUUGCUUGCGGAAACUACUGGACCCUGGACAUAAUGUGGCCCGACUAUUCCCCGACGCUCUUCGAACCAAACCAGUGGUGUCACAAGACCCUGUACGUGUUCGCGCUGACCCAGCUUGGUGUUGUAUGGGGCGUGUUGGCUUUUAUAGUCCUCUUACUUCUGGCUUUAGUCAUCUGCCAGGUAUUCGGCUGCGGCUGGCUGGGCCCGCCUCGCUACAAGUAGCAACGGCGCAGUGUUGUGCUGGAGUUAUGGCACAGAAACAUUAACAACACCAUGGAUGUAGCGGGCGCG